UUGCUGUUACAAGCUUUCGGAAUCUAUAAUGUUUAUUUCCACUAGAUGGCGCUUGUGUACUUCAACACUCAUUUAUUUCAGUAACUUUUUGAUCAGUCUAAUCUGUAUAUUUUUAUAUUUCGACUAUUUUAUAAUGCUUAUUGUGAUUUAUAUACUCAACUGUUGUAUAUUUGAGGAAUAUUUAUUCUUUCUAAGAGUUUUCUUUGGUUAUAUUUUAUUUUGCUCCCAUCGUGCCUUUGUAUGUCACUUCCUGUUUUGUCACGGAGAACGAGUCAGAACUGCGUUCCGAGUUUCACAGAGCAAUUCUGCUGAUCAUAUGGAAUGAUGUAAUCAUUGCAAAGUUUAAAGUAUUUCUAUUUAGAAGUCAUCCGAUAAAGAAGCUUCAAGAUAACCCCCUCUCUUAGCUCAUAAGCAGGCAAAAGUGUUCUACGGUGUUGGUGUUGGAGUCUAAGUCCAGAACACAUUAAACAUCAGUUAAAGAACCUCAGCCUUCGCGUCAUGACUAAGGGCGGGCAUAGUAGAACACUUACUGCGUCGGUGAAGGCCAACUGCAUCAGAUCGUAAAGCUGCACGAGGAAAUCGGCCAUCAAGAGGCGCCACAUGUUGAAUGAGGGAAGUACAACAUGAAAAGAUUGCAAUUGACUUGACUGAAGCAAGCAAAGGCUGAACAAGCAAGCACUUUUGAAGUUAGUGACUUGGAAGCAGCGCAAGGUCUUGUGAACUGUCACUGAAGUUUCAAUUGCUCUGGUAUUUCCAUCAUUCCCAUUCUAAGAUAAAGUUGGACAUUUUUCUAUUAUCGUUUGACUUAUUAAGAAACUAAAAGGGACUAAACAGAUAAACAAUUUUGCUACUAUUAAAUAAGACUAAAGUUUGAAUUUUCUGUUGUAUUCAAGUAUUUGUGUAUACUUCAUCAUUUAAGCGUGUUGAUAUUCACAUUUUUUCUUUACAAGUUGAAUUCAUAGACUACUUCUUGACAGUUCUGUAGCUUGUUAUCAUUUACAUGAUUGGAUCACAUAAGUGUAGCUGAGAUAACCGCUUUACACUAAACUUUAGAUUGCUCUUUGAAUAUUCACAUUAUAGUGCAACACAGGUUUAGCAUGUCAAACACAAGUGAAAAUACAUUGCUGGCUACUAAAGAAGUUAGCUAUACAACCCCUACUGCACAAGACGUAGACAAUGCAGAGCAGGUCAUUCCAUCAGAGCAGGCUGAUAUAACUGAACAAGUUGAAGUGGCUGCACAAGUACAACAACCUCAGGUGGACAUAGAUAAUACACAGCUCUCAGAUAUUAGAAGAAGCCAGCGAGCACGCACGCUUACCGAGAAGGGUAAAACGCUGCAAGACGCUAGACUAAAUGAUCUGAAAAGAAGCUUUGAGCAGAAGUAUAGAAGGUGGAAGUAUCACAUCAAUGGUUUGAAAAGAGCCAUUAAGAACAAUGAUGAUGCAGAAUUGAUUUGUGAAGUUGUGAGCACCAUUAAUGCCACUCAGUCUGAGGUCGACCAUAUUUAUGGUGAUAUAAGAAGCAUCACAAGCCCUGAACCUGAAAUUCGGAGGAAAAAUGACACUUGCCUUGCCAUUACUAGCACUGCAAAUGAGAAGUCUCAAAGAUUCCUCAACGGUGAUCCUAAGGACAUUCCCUGGCCUGAUUCAGAUUCAGUGUUUGAAGCCACUGUGUCCAGCAUCAUCUCAGCAACCUCCAGUAAGUCAAAGUCUGUUUCCAAGAUGUCCAGUCAAUCUUACAGUGAUUCUCUGCAGAAAAGACAAGAAGCAGCGGCUGAAGUAGCGGCUACACAAGAAGUGAUUAAAAUAAUGAAGACACAACAUCAGCAUGAAGAGGAAAUUAGGAAACUGGAGGCAGAGGAUGAAAGGUUAGCAGCAGAAAGAGAAGCUCAAGAAAGGGAAACCGAAGCGGAGAAUGCAAGGAAAAGGGCUCAAUUUAUUUCAGAAAGCACUGUUAGAAAAAUAAAGCUGGAAGAAAAGAAAAAAGAAGUGGAACGGUUGGAGGAACUAAAAAGACAUAACGCAGCACAAGCAAGGCUGCAAGUUUAUGCUGAAAGCAUCAAAGGUGAUGAGGGAGAACAGCGUUCUGCUCCUCUUCUUCAACAAAGGCAAGAACAUUAUGUUUUUCAACCAAGCGUUCCUUUUUCUCUCUCUCAGCCAUUUACGCUCGCUCAAGACACUGCUCCUUUCAACCAACCCUCUUGUUCUUCUCAAAGGUUACCCCAAGCUCAUAUCUCUCAGUCACCUACAUGGCCUGCUCCCAACGAAGCUUCUAAUGAUCUUGUGAAGGCACUGGCUGAAGCGAUUACAGCCAAUAGGAUUCCAAUUACAGAACCUGUUGUUUUUUCUGGAGAUCCCCUGAAGUAUAAUGACUGGAAGCUGUCCUUCCAGACGUUAAUUGAUCGCAAGAACUUGCCAUCACAAGAAAAGCUAUUCUUUCUACGCAAGUAUGUAGGUGGUCCGGCCAAGAGAGCGAUUGAAGGACAUUUUGUGGCUGGAACAGAAAUGGCUUACACGGCAGCCUGGAACAUCCUUGAUGACCGGUUCGGCAAUCCGUUCGUAGUUGGCAAAUCUUACCGUGACAAAAUACAGUCUUGGCACAAGAUUGCUACCAAAGACAGCAAAGACCUCCAGGAAUUUGUAGAUUUCCUAAGCAGUGUUGAAUCAGCAAUGCCUUAUGUACAAGGUUUACAAGCUCUGAAUGACUGUGUUGAAAAUCAAAGAAUAUUAGCCAAAUUGCCAGACUGGUUGAGUUCACGUUGGAAUAGAGCAGUCACCAAGUUUCAAGACGAAUACAAAGGAUUCCCAGAUUUCAAAUACUUUGUUGAAUUUCUUAACAAGGAAGCUAGAAUCGCAUGCAAUCCUAUCACCUCACUGCAAGCGAUAAAGCCAGCAGAGCAAGAAAGGUUCAAGCAAUCAGAUCAAGAUCAUUAUAAGUUUCAGAGGAAUCGCAACUCAAGUGCAAAGACAUUCACCACUAGUUCCAGUGAAAGGACUAGCCUUAUGUGUGUCUUUUGUAAGAGAUUAGGCCACACUCUCCAUAAGUGUCGCAAAUUUAUGGAAAGACCAAUUGAGGAAAGAUUGAAGUUUGUACAGUCUGAGAAGUUGUGCUUUGGCUGUCUUAAGACUGGUCAUAAGUCCAGAAGCUGCACCUCUAGGAGUGUGUGUGAAAAAUGUGAGAAGUGUCACCCAACAAGCCUACACCAGGACCGUGUAAAUAAAUACCCAGGACAAAGCUCUAGAACCAGUCAAGAUCAGUUCAAGGUCAAUCACGGAUCUGCAGAUAGAACAGCCGAAUCACAGAAGGUACAAGAGUCUAAGCCUGUGACUUCAAACAGAGUAGUUCAAGAAAGGAACGGCACUCAUACGUCAUCAAUCAUUCCAGUAUAUGUCUCAACAACAGAUGAACCAAGGAAGGAGAUUUUAGUGUAUGCCUUGCUUGAUACUCAGAGCGACACUACUUUCAUUUUAAAGGACACAGCUGAGACACUUGAUAUCAAGAAAGAGCCUGUCAAACUCAAGAUUUCCACCAUAACAUCCAAAACGAAGGUUGUGUCCAGUCACAAAUUGAAUGGUCUACAAGUAAGAGGCAUUCAGUCUGAAGUUAAAAUCAAACUUCCAACAACUUAUACUAGAGACUACAUACCUGCAAAUAGAUCUCAUAUACCCACAUGUGAAACCGCAAAGAAUUGGCCUCAUCUAGAACAUCUGGCAGAUGAAAUGGCUCCUGCACUUGACUGUGAAGUAGGUUUGUUAAUAGGCUACAACUGCCCUCAAGCCUUACUUCCCAGGGAUGUUCUCAGUGGCAAUGAAGAUCAGCCAUUUGCACAAAGAUCCGUGUUGGGUUGGAGUAUCGUUGGAUACAACCAUGACGACAGUUAUUAUGAAGAUGAAAUCGGUGUGAGUCACAGGAUUAUCAUGAAGUUCUACCAGCUCGUGAUCCAUCUCACAAACUCAAGUCUGAAGUCUGCUUUGUACAGAGGAACAAGGUUAAAGAGAUGAUCACUCCGGCAGAGAUAUUGAAGGUUUUUGAGUCAGACUUUGUAGAACGGGAUAAUGAGGAAGUCUCAACGUCGCAAGAAGACUUAAGGUUUUUGGCAAAAUUGAAUGAAGGCAUUAAGCAAGUGCAAGAUGGACACUAUGAGAUGC